AUGUCCCACGAAAACUCCAUCCAAACCAACAUCAACCAAUUUGCCAUCAUUGGCGAGCUGUACGACUCGAAGGAGUCUGUUCAAACUCUCACUGACCUUUUCACUCUGUCUCUUCUCGACUUCGAUGUGGAGGCACCUCGGAAACUGCCAGAGGAGACCGAACAACCACUUACCAACGACCAAAUUUUGAAAUUGACAUCACAGUUCCCUGAUCCUGAAGCAUUAAUACGUAAAUUAAUUCAUAAGGACACUUGCAUCGUGGAUUUUGCAUGCGGAACAGGUCUUGUAUUGGAGAAGAUCGCUCCAUAUAUUCCUCAAGGUAAGUUCAUAGGUGUAGACAUCAGUGAGGCCAUGCUUUCCAAAUUCAAUGGCCGUGGAGAGAAGUUGAAGUCUACAUACCCUGACUUGACCAUUCAGUCUGUAUGUGGAGAUAUUAUGGAUAAACAGUUCGAUGCCUCCGAGCUAGAGAAGUCAGCUGACGUUCUUCUCUGUUCGUUGGCUUUCCACCAUCUUCACGAGUACAAGCAGGUUGCACAGAAGUUGAAGACACUUGUCAAGCCUGGAGGCUGGAUCUUUAUCUACGACUUCUACAACGAAGAUAAUGAACUUCCAGUGUCUGCUGCGUUGGCUGCACGUGGAGUGAGCCGUCAUGGCUUGAGCAUUGAUGAGAUGAACGACUGUUUCAUGGACGGAUGUAGGAACGUGUCUAGUGCACGCGAGUUCAAGGUGAAGCUUUGGCAGGAGGAGGAGUUUGUGCUUUCGCAUUGCUGUCUGGCAAUCACAGACCAUUUGGAACAGUAUGAGAAGAAAGGCGAUCUGUAUUGUGUGGAGUGCAGUGUGAUUUUGGGAGUAGCUCAGGUGGUGUGA